CUUAGCCCCAAAAAGUCCUACGAUAUAGAAUCAUAGAUAGUUGUUCACUUGUUCUUUAAAACAUAACAUGUAAAGACUUUGAGGCACGCUAUUUUCUUGGGCAUGUUUCAAACGAACAAGAACAAUAAGAUGGAAGAUCCCGGUUUGCAACAUAGCAUCAAAAGACUAAGUGAUCUAUCAGAUGGUACUGUUCAACAAGAGUUUGAGGCUAUAACGACAAAGGGUAUCCGAUUACUCGAGGCCCGCAAAGGUUUCCUCCAUUGUAGUUUCAUCGUGCCCAACACCGUAUCUGAUGAAAAUGGAAAUUGGCACGUCGGAGCAAUCGCAACCUUAAUUGACAUCAUUGGCAGCUUGGCCAUCUAUUCCUUUUUUCCAAGGUUUAGUGUUUCUGUUGAUUUCUGUAUAUCAUUCUACUCAACGGCUAAGAUUCAGGAAGAGGUUGAAUUAGAAGCAAAAGUUGUGGGAAAGAAGGAGAGGUUAACUUCUGUGGUAGUGGAGGUUAGAAAGAAAGAGAAUGGAGAAAUAAUUGCAUUGGGAAAGCAAUGGAUGUCAGCAACUAAUAUUAUUUCGACUUAUAGUAAGGCCAGUAAGCUCUAGAGCUUGAGUCUUUCAGAGUCUUUGACAUUGAUUUCUUCAAUAAAAUGCAUUUGUGUAGGAUUACAAGAAUGUUAUCAUACUAUUAGAUAUGAGUUCAUGGAUCAACAUAAGCUUGUAUGUUUUGUUUGGUUUCUUAAAUAGACACUCCCAUUCUGAUUUUCUCUUCA